CCCCAUGGAGGAGCAGGAGCGGCCCCCCAGCCGCCCGCCCGCGAGCGUGGCCUUACCAGGCAGCGCUCAUUCGGGCGGGGCGGCUUCCACGGCCACUGCGGCCGCGCUGUCGUUCAGCGCCGUCGCCACGGUAACGCUGGGAAACCAGAGUGAUGCGGGCCGGCCGGAGGCGGCGGGGUCUCGGGGACCUACGCCGCUGCUGUGGCACGGGGCGGCGGUGGCCGCCCAGGCGCUCGUGCUCCUGCUCAUCUUCCUGCUGUCUAGCCUGGGCAACUGCGCGGUGAUGGGGGUGAUCGUGAAGCACCGGCAGCUGCGCACGGUCACCAACGCUUUCAUCCUGUCGUUGUCCCUGUCGGACCUGCUCACCGCGCUGCUCUGUCUACCCGCCGCCUUCCUAGACCUGUUCGCGCCUCCCGGAGAUUCGGGGCCCUGGCGCAGCUUCUGCGCCGCCAGCCGCUUCUUCAGUUCGUGCUUUGGCAUCGUGUCCACGUUCAGCGUGGCGCUCAUCUCUCUGGACCGUUACUGCGCCAUCGUGCGUCCGCCGCGGGAUAAGCUGGGCCGGCGACGCGCUCUGCAGUUGCUGGCCGGAGCCUGGCUGGCGGCGCUCGGCUUCUCGCUGCCCUGGGAGCUGCUUCGGGCGCCCCGGGAGCCCCCUGCUCCUCAGAGCUUCCACCGCUGCCUUUACCGGACCUCCCCAGACCCCGCACAGCUGGGCGCCAUCUACAGCGUGGGGUUGGUGGUGGCCUGCUACCUGCUGCCCUUCCUGCUGAUGUGCUUCUGCCGCUACCACAUCUGCAAGACGGUGCGCCUGUCGGACGUGCGCGUGCGGCCAAUGACCACCUACGCGCGCGUGCUGCGCUUCUUCAGCGAGGUGCGCACUGCCACCACCGUGCUCAUCAUGAUUAUCUUCGUCAUCUGCUGCUGGGGCCCCUACUGCUUCCUGGUGCUUCUGGCGGCGACUCGGCAGGGUCAGGCCACUCAGGCCCCCUCGUUGCUCAAUGUGGCGGCUGUCUGGCUGACGUGGGCCAAUGGGGCUAUCAACCCUGUCAUCUAUGCCAUCCGCAACCCCAACAUUUCCAUGCUCCUAGGGCGCAAUCGUGAGGAGGGUUACAGGACUAGGAACAUGGAUGCUUUUUUGCCCAGCCAAGGUCUAAGUUUGCAGGCCAGAAGCCUCAAUCACCUUCGAAAUGGCUGUACCAGCAGGCUGGGGGCUUGUAGCAGGAUGCCUUCUUCCAACCCGGCUAGUGGGGCAGGAGGGGAAGUGGUCAUGUGGGCUCGCAAAAACCCAGUUGUGCUCUUCUUCCGAGAGGGACCACCAGAUUCAGUUAUGGCAGUCGGCAAACAGAAUAAAUCUGAAGCCGGGGACAGUAGCCACUAAGAAGGUUGAGGUGGGCAGCUUGUAAUAACAACAGAUUUCCACCCCUCUCAUUUAGUGAUGCAGGGAUCGGGGAGAAUUGUGAAUUUUAUAAAGCCAAACAUUUAAAACUAAAAAGACAGGAAUGGGAGGGGUACCACUUCAUUCCCAAACAUAAAAGUCGCAAAAAAAAAAAAAAAUCCUGUUUCUUCAAAAGUGCCCCAAAAAAUGUGAAAUGCAAAAUUUCAAACAAUCUUAAACCACGCAACCAAGUGUUGUGAGAUGUAAGUGCAAAAAAAGCAACAAAAAUAAAAUUUACAGUUACUGAAAAGCUCAUGUUACGGGAAUCACACUGUGAAACAGAUGCCAUUGAACUGAAAGGAUUUAUUCAAAUACUGAUUUUUUGGGAAUGAGCAAAGACCCUCGGAUCUGUUUGAAGGCCCCUGUACUUCACCAGCAUUCAACAAAACCAGAUUCUAGAGUCUGCCUGCGUGACCUGCUUUGGGUGCUUAGAGCUGAGAGCUAAAACAACAUUACACCGAUUGGUGCCCUCCCCCGGAAUUUUUGUGCGAAAUUCUAAAUUUAGAGUCUAUUUUGAACCACUUUCGGAUUUUUGCAAAGGUCGUUUAUUACUAGAUAUAAUUCAGUGGUCCAAAGGGCACAUGAACAUAAUGUGGUUGUUUAAACAGAAGUCCAAUAUUACACAUAAAAACCGAUGUUCCUUUGAAGCCCAUUUUAGCCCCCAAAUCAGCUGUCUUGGGAACCCAGGCUCUGUCCUUACUCUAAGCUGUUGUUCCUGUUUGAUAGCUUGUGUGGAUGCCACUCCAAAUGCUUUCAUUAAUAAUAAUAAUAAUAACUUUCAUACUGGAAAAAUCUUUGUCUACUGGGAUAACUGUGUUUGUGUUUUUGUUUAUUUUGUUUUUUGAUAGAGCCCAAAAUGUAAUUUGAAGUCAAAUCGGAUGAGUGCUGCUCAAUAUGGAUAUGCACAUAUAUGUAUUAUACAUUUGUCUUCUACACACUGGCUGACCUACUCACCCUUUAAUUGCCAAAUGUGCUUCCAAAGAGGAAUUCUAAAAGUAAUAUGGAAAGUAUGGCCACAUCCUUGGAAUAAUCAUACAAUGUCCUACAAGGACAUACUUUCUAUUUAGAAGUUUGGAUACUUUUUAGUAGCAACUAUUAUAGCCAUCAUUAGGAAGAUAAUUGGUAUGGUAUUGCAAUAAUUGGUAUAAUUGCAAGAUGAGACAUAAAUCUGUAGGCACAGGUUGGAGAGAUACCUCAAGCAAACUGAAAAUACUUUCAGAAACUUGCAAAAACAAUUUUUUGCAAUAAUUCAUAAGCACAAUCUAUGCUUUGUAGAUGCAAAAUUUUUCACACUGAAUGUCACUUUGAUUUUUUUCUUCCCUCCUCCUGCUUCUCUUUAAUUCAGUAUUCCACAGCUUUAGCUGAAUAAUCAUUUUUAAAAGUAUGAAAAUGCACACUAUGUGAAGAUUUUAUUGUGAACUAGCCAGCAUUAUUUUUCUUGUAAAGCGUUUAAGAUGUUUGUUAGUAUGUAAGCCUGUAUGUCAGACAA